CGAAUAAUCUGUCUGGCGUAAGGGCCACGCGUUUAAGUACCGUAAAACUUUUAAUCUCUCUGUAACUCUAUAAAAAGUACACAUACACUGUAGUAAACUGAGUAAAUUCAUUUGGCGGCAUCUGUUCAAAGCGACGAUAGACUGGGUUACGUAAAGAAUUUACGUCACUUAAGAAUCAAGAAUCUUUAUCAAGAUUUGCAAGUUAUUUUUGAGACAUGAGUUAUCAGUACUAUGAAAUCCCUGAUCAUGCUAUUGUUUAUAACAAAUUCAGACCAAGCACACCAAAGGGAAUAGCAGAAAAAAUUGUUGAUUAUCUGAAACAAGAGGUUACUGAUUUAGCUCUGGCUGUAGAUGUAGGCUGUGGUUCAGGUCAAAGUACUGAAGUACUGGCACCAUAUUUCCAAACAGUCAUUGGGAUUGAUCCAAGUGAAACUCAGAUUGUUGAAGCCCAAAAGAACAAUACCAUCCCAAACAUUGUUUACAGGGUGGGCUCAGCAGAGAAAAUAACAAGUCCAUCUGGUAGUGUUCAACUUGUAACAGCAGGACAGUCAUGUCACUGGUUUGAUAUGAAAAGGUUUUAUGCUGAAGUGGAGAGGCUCUUGGUACCUGGAGGAGUUCUAGCUAUAUAUGGAUACUUUUUGCCAAGACCACAUUUCCCAGGAAAAUCAGAAGACUUAUGCAGUGUUGUAGACAAGUUUUACAGUGAUGUUCUGGGGAAAUAUGUACUUCCAGAGAGUAAGAAAGUAUACAUUGACAAUUACAAAGGAGGUGAUUUUAUGCAUUUUCCAUUCACAAAACAACCAGUUAUAAGGGAUGAAUCUGUCAUGACUGAAAUUGAUGCUACUGUUGCUGAUCUUGUGGGAUAUGUAAGCAGUUGGUCAGCAUUUCAGAAUUAUGUGAAACUGGAAGGAAAGACCCAGGGAACAAUGGUCCUUCAGAAAUUUGAAAAAGAGGCUAUGGAUAUUCUGAAUGCAACAUCUGCUCCUGCUGAAACAAGAAUAACCAUAAAAUAUAAAUAUUUUCUUAUUAUGGGAAGAAAAUGAACAAUUUCAUAGGAAUUGUAGCUUUUGUAUCCUACUAUGUGCCAAAUAAAAUGAUACAAUAAGUGUUGAAAAAAUUGGAUGUGGUUGUUGUUUGUACCCAUUGUGUAACUGAAUUCAAUAAAAUUUCACCAUAUUGUGAUAUUACUUUAUGGAAA